AUGAGCUGUGGAAAAGAAUUUGUGGAAACAUUAAAAAAAAUUGAUUAUCCCAAAGCUGAUAUUCUUAAUGGGGAAGAUUUUGACUGGUUGUUUGUUGAAAAUGAAUCGUUUUUGAAGUGGUUUUGUGGGAAUGUGAAUGAACAGAACAUAUUGUCUGAAGAGGAAUUGGAAGCUUUUAGCGUUCUUCAAAAAUCAGGCAAGCCCAUCCUAGAAGGAGCAGCAUUGGAUGAAGUUCUUAAAACCUGUAAAACUUCUGAUUUGAAGACACCUACCUUGAAUGACAAAGAGCUAGAGAAAUUAGAGGAUGAGGUUCAAACUCUGCAGAAAUUAAAGAACCUAAAAAUUCAGCGACGUAAUAAAUGCCAGUUGAUGGCUUCAGUAACUAGUCACAAAUCUCUGAGGUUAAAUGCUAAAGAAGAAGAAACCAAUAAAAAGCUGAAACAGAGUCAAGGAAUUCUAAAUGCUACAAAUACCAAGAUCAGUAAUGAACUUCACACUCUUAGUGAUGGAGUUGCGAAGUUAAUGAUGUUCUUCAGACGGUCUGAUUUGGGUCAGGGAACAAAUCCACUGGUGUUUUUAUCUCAGUUUUCGUUGCAAAACUAUCUAAGCCAAGAAGAGCAAAGUACGGCAGCAUUAACCUUAUAUACCAAAAAACAGUUCUUUCAGGGUAUACAUGAAGUAGUUGAAAGUUCAAAUGAAGAAAAUUUUCAACUUUUAGAUAUGCAGGCACCAUCUGUUUGUGAUAAUCAAGAAGUUCUUGAGGAGAGACGGCUAGAAAUGGCUAGGCUGCAGCUGGCAUACAUUUGUGCUCAACAUCAGUUAAUUCACUUGAAAGCAAAUAAUUUGAGCCUAAAGUCAAGUAUAAAGUGGGCAGAGGAGAAUCUUCACAGCCUCACUAGCAAGGCUCUUGGCAAAGAUAAUUUGGAUGCUAAAAUUUCUAGCUUGAACAGUGAAAUUCUGAAACUUGAAGAGCAAAUCACUCAUAUGAAAGGCAAAAUUUUGCCUGCUGUGGUGAAAGAGAAUGCCCAGUUACUGAAUAUGCCGGUCGUAAAGGGAGAUUUCGACCGACAGAUUGCUAAACAAGACCGUCACACAGCAAGACAAGAGGUAGUUUUAAAUCAGUUGAUAAAGCAAAAGGCAUCAUUUGAACUUCUUCAUUUAUCGUAUGAAAUUGAACUGAGAAAGCAUUGGGACAUAUAUCGUCAGCUGGAAAACUUGGUUCACCUACUUAAUCAAAGUAAUUUGAUGUUCCAGCAGCGAUUAGAAAUGCUAACAGAUCCAUCAGUAUCUCAGCAGAUAAAUGCAAGGAAUACCAUUGAUACCAAGGAUUAUUCUACUCAUAGGCUUUAUCAACUUUUAGAAGGAGAGAAUAAGAAAAAAGAAUUGUUUAUAACCCAUGGAAACCUGGAAGAAGUAGCUGAGAAAUUAAAACAGGAUGUUUCUUUGGUACAAGAGCAGUUGGAAGUAUCUGCUCAAGAACAUUCUUUGUUUCUGUCCAAACUAAACAAUGAUGUGAACAUGCUUUGUGAAGCUUUGUAUCAAGGAGGAAAUCAGCUUUUGCUUAGUGAUCAGGAGUUAACGGAGCAGUUUCGUCAAGUUGAAUCUCAGCUAAAUAAACUAAAUUAUCUUCUUACUGAUAUUUUUGCUGAUGUGAAGACAAAAAGAAAACUGUUGGCAUCUAAUAAGCUGCAUCAAGUGGAAAGAGAAUUAUAUGUAUAUUUUUUAAAAGAUGAAGAUUAUCUGAAAAAUAUUGUGGAGAAUUUAGAAAACCAAUCAAAGAUUAAGACCAUUGGUCUUGAAGACUGA